AUGCAACCCACAGUACAACAUUUUAAGAUCCUAGGGAUAUCACCCACAUCAACGUUAGAUGAGAUCAGGAGAGCAUACCGCAAGUUAUCAUUACGAUACCACCCUGACAAAACGCCACGUCGGGAAGAUCAUGAAAAAUUUAAAGAAAUCAAUAUAGCGUAUGAAACAAUUAGAGACUACUAUCGAGAAAAUGAACAUAAGAACAGUCAACUGAUCCCUAGCACAAGCACAGAGCGCCAGUCUCACCAAAAACCACAUUAUAAUGCUGGCCCUUACUCCACCUAUCGUUUUACAACUUCAUCUACGACCGCUGGUAAUCUCAAUUCCAGUGGAACUUCCAACUCUGGAUUUAGCUAUUAUAAUUUCCACCAAAAAUCGCAAGAGAAUAAACGUAAGCAGGAUGAAGAACGAGCAGCCCGACGGGAACGAUUGAAACAAGAGCUUUUGGAGAGGCAACUAGCAGAAGAAGCACAACGGAAAAAGGAGGUUCAACAAAGGGAAGAGGCAAUCAAAGAAUCAUUAAUUGAAAUGCGCCGAAGAGAGAUGGAGCUGCGACAAAGGCAAAAGGAGAGGGAACAAAGGAGAGAGAGCAAGGAACAACAGAAUGCAAAACAAAAUUCCGAGAGAAACCAAACCAAAGAAGAAAAUAAAGAGUUCAAGAAGGCACUGUCUACUGAUUUGGGAGCGGAUGAAACUGCUUUCAUGUCAGAUAGAGAUUUUGAUGAUUCUGCAUAUUCACCUGAGUAUUUGUUUGAAGAGAAAUCAUGGAAUAAGCCAAAUCCUGAAGAUACGAAUUCCGGAACAAAAAAAUAUACAGAAAAUACAUUUGAGAGUUUAGAUUCUCCACCAAAUGAUACACCUGCUUAUAAUUCAAGCUUUCGUGAUGAAACUAUUAAUCAAAAUGAAACUCAAACACCAGAAAAUGACAAGUACGUACCACAGACAAAUGCUGCAUACCGUGUGAAUGACACAACCAUCCCUGCACAAAGAAGACACGAGUCUCUUUCCAAAUCAGAAAACAAAAGGAGGAAAUUUGAAACUGCUGAUGCUGAGAUUGAUGGGUUGAAUUCUCAAGCACAAGCAAAACCAGAAAUGAAUACAGAAAAAAAGUCUGCAGUAUUUCCUGACGUGAUACUUUUACUGGAAGAUGAAACUGAAACUCCUGAAGCCCAAAUUUUAGAGGACGAUAGUGCAUACACACCUCAGGAAUUUGAACCAGAAACAUCUAAAACUAAUUGGGACAAGUCUCGAGAUCAAGUGAAGAAUAAAAAAUUUGGAGUUGCUUUUGCAUACGUGAAUGCUUCAAAAAAUGUUGAAAACAAACUCCAUUCCAACCCAGAAGAUAAAAAUGAAGAAAUAAUUGACGUUGAGGCUUAUAUACCUGGUGUCAACUCAGCAAGUCCAAACUUUGAAAGAAUUACUAGACUGAAGUAUAAACUUUGGCAACAAGAAGCUAAAGUAGAAACUUCAAAUACUACCGCAGAAACAGCACAAGCAUCAGCAAGGAUGGAAAAGCUGCCGUCUCUAUCCAACCGUACUCCAAAUCCUUCGAUCAUGAAUGAAGUACGACCACACCCCACAACUCCACAUAAAAGAUCAAAAGUUGUUUUCAAUUUGAAAGAGUUAGAACAGAAUUUGGGUAAUGACAUUGAGGAAUUGGAUUUUAAGGAUAUGUAUGAGAGUUUGCCUGACCAUUCAAAUAAGGCAACACAUAAAGAUGAUGUUUUAACUCGGUCUAAAAGGAGACUUUAUACAUAUACUGAUGGAACUUCAAAGGCUGAUAUAUUAUCUACACCAAUGAACAAAUAUCCUGUUCGUGGUCAUAGCACCAAGAAACAACUUAGCAUGUUGGACAUGCAUGCGUCUUCUAAAAUUCAAAGUCUUCUACCUCCACAACCACCACAAAUGUCAAUUGAUCCUUCUGUUUCAAAGCAAGUGUGGGCUAAAUACGUUGAUGCUAUAUUAACUUAUCAAAAGGAUUUUUUCAAUUACAAGAAAUUGAUUGUUCAAUACCAGAUGGAACGUAUCAACAAAGACCUUGAGCAUUUUGAUGACAUAAAUGAUGGUUCACACACUGAAAAUUUGGAUACAUUCAAGCGUUGUUUAGAGCAAGAUUAUUUGGUGAUGAGUGAAUUCAAUGAGGCAUUACGACAAUUUGGUACAACAAUCACUACGUAUCAGCAGAAUGUGCAGUGGAUUAAUACGUUCAUGGAAAAGGAUCCCAACUGGAUAUGA